CCGCCCGCCCGCCCGCCGGGCCCGGAAGAGAAACACGUCAACUCGCUCGCGCCACCAACCAAGAAAACAAAACUCCCAUCGCCGAGAGGCUCCAAAAGCCAGAUCCGCCACUUCCGCACACGCAACGCCCAGGCUCCCAGAUCACAAAGCAAAGCAACAAAGCGAGUUACAGCGAUGGAAGUCAAGCUGCAGACGGCACGGACGCUGGUGGGCCGGCUGCGGGGUGCCGCGGCCGUGCGCGACCCCGGCGCCACGGCCGCCGCCGUCGCCGACAUCCGCCGCGCGUCCAAGGACGACCCGGACGUCCGCGGCCCCCUGGCCGACGCGGGGGCCGUCCCCUUCCUCGCCUCCCAGCUCACGUCCACGUCCAUGUCCGCCGAGGACGCCGCCGCCGCGCUGCUCAACAUCUCCCUCUCGGCGCGGGAGCAGGUCAUGUCCACCCCCGGCAUCCUGGACGCGCUCUCCGCCGCAAUCCACUCGUCUUCUUCUUCGUCUCCGUCCUCCUCCUUCGAGGAUCAGCCAAAUCACGCCGCCCAGCACGCGGCGGCCGCCGUCGCCAGCCUCCUCUGCGUGGACGCCUACCGGCCCAUCAUCGGCGCCAAGAUCCCCUUGCUCUCGGCGCUCGUCACCCUCCUCCGCCCCGGCAGCCGGAGCACGACGACGAGGGCAACCAAGGACGCGCUCAAGGCGCUCUUCGGCGUGGCGCUGUACCCGCUGAACCGGCCGGCGCUGGUGGAGCUCGGCUGCGCGCGCGCCCUGUUCGCGCUGGUGGUUGCCGACGGGCGUAGCGGCAUCGUGGAGGACGCGACGGCCGUGGUGGCGCAGGUGGCCGGGUGCGCCGAGAGCGUGGCCGCGUUCGCGGCCGUGGCCGGGGUGCGCAUCCUCGUGGACCUCGUGGACGGCGCCGCGGCCACGGGGCGGGCCAGGGAGAACGCGGCGUCGGCGCUGCUGAACCUGGUCAUGGCCGGCGGGGAGAGCGCCGUGGAGGAGGUGCUGGCCGUGGGCGGCGCCGAGGAGGCCGUGAGGGAGCUCGCGGAGGACCAAGGGGCGAGCGCGAGGGGGAAGGCCAAGGCGGAGGCGCUGCUCAGGGCGCUGGAGGACGGCGCUGCCGCGGGGAACAGGAGGAGGCGGGAGCACCGGUUCGCGGACUUUCUCGACGGGCUCGUGCUCUCCGACCCCUACUUCUCGUCGCCGGCGUCCGCGGCCACGCACGACGGGUAGACGAAGAUGGCUGACGUGUCACUUCUGACCUUCCACGUAUGUCUGACUGCCACGUGGCGACGAACGCACCGUGUCGUGCCGUAUCGCGUUGGAUGAUGAUGCGGUGACUUGAUGUAAAUACUUGUACGGAGUACUAUAGGAGAAGUCUUUUUCUUUGUUUUCAUAAGCUAAACUAUUUGUUUGAUUUGUUCAAUUGAAAUGCUUGGAGUUGCAGGUUGUUCCGGUCGUGUGCCCUCAUCGAGGACGUACGUUGUGCGAGCAGUUGUGCCUAAGCAAUCCCCUGUAUUGACUAGUUUCUUUUGCAGUAGCAUUAUGUUGACUCAUGGGCAUAGA